AUGACUGGUAUGUCUAACGGAGGUGACGACGCCAUGGACAGCUUCGGCGAACAGUACAACCCGUGGGCUGAUUCGCCGGGCGGUACGUCUAUGAUGGCGCAGGUCGGCCAUGGUCUCCCCCAUAAUCAGUUUACGACUGGAGCGUUCCACAACCCGGCCCCUUACCCUCAGCAUCCUUCCCCCGACGCGCCAAACAACGGUCGAUAUGCCAUGGCCUCGGGCGCAAACCUGUUCGCUGCUUACCAUCAGCGACCUGCUCCCGACCCGCAGAUGGAUGACCAAUAUGCCAUGACCUCGGACGCAAAUCGCGGUGCGCAGAUGCAUAAUCCAUAUGCCGCAGCCCCAGUCAGAAACCCUUUCUCGAACUACAACAGCCCCUCUCCUGAUGCGCAGAUGGGAGGUCAAUAUGUCGUCUCUGGCGCGAACCCAAUCCCCGCUUUCGGUCAGGGACCCUCACCUCACCCGCAGAUGGACAACCAACACGCGGUCGACUCCGGCUCAAACCCAUAUCCAAGCUACAACAACCCUACUUUCGAUGGGUACUCGAACGAUCAGUCUCCAGCUAGCUCAGACAUCCACAUCAAGCGCGAGCAUGACGAUGGCGACUAUGUUGAUAGCGACCUUGCAGCCGACGAGGACAUCAACGAUGAGGCUUACUCUGAACAGCUGGGCAAGAAGCGGAAAAUCAACAAAAAUGGUCGGAUGCGCAAAGUUCGCCAGCCCCGGGGUAAUCUGCGCCGUUGGGACGAGAAUGACGUCUCGCGAGCUCUGAUGGGCAUUGUCUGGGCUUGCGGGGAGAAUGGCGUGCAGAUCCCUUUCGAUCAAGCUGCCAAACUAGUGGAUCAAACCUGCACAGCAGGCGCUCUCCAGCAGGCCAUUCUCAAGAUCCAGACCAAGUUAAACAAGGAUGGCGAGCAGAUACCCCGUAUCAAGAUGAACUGGCCUAAGAAGCGCGACAGUUUCACUGGUACCAAGACUGUUGUCCGCGACAACGGCAAGGUUCCUCGCAAGAAGCCUACCUUGACUCAGGCCACCCAGUGCAAUAUCACCAGCCUUCGGGCCCUGCCGCGCAACGGGCCCUCCUUGUACGAAGGUCCCAAAACCGAAGCGGAGCUUGAUGAUUUCCUCCGCGGUCCGAACAAUAUCGUAGACGUACAGAUUCAGUAUGCGCAGCUACCACACAGGCCGGCAAUGUCCCAGGCAGCUACAACUACGACUCAAGUCGCAAGCUCAUCCACUCAAGCGAAUACUCCUGAUUCUCAAGGUCUCUCUAUGAGCAAUUCGCACUGCGGCCAAUCUGCUGCUUCUGAUUCUGCUCGUUUCGACCAUGAGGGCGUGAGUGAAUUCUUGUCUCCGUCGCGUCACAUCUCAGACCUGCCGCCGUCUACGCCUGUGCGGCCUCAUCGCUCUCCCGUAUGCCCGUCGCCCCCUCAUCGCCCUAUGGCGGCGCGUCGUGCACAUGGCCAUCUCUCAGCCGGUGCCACGACGCUCGAGCAGCGCUUUUUCCCGAACAACGUGCCAUCAUCCCUUCCAGCCCUUACUCAACAACGCACUUCCGGCCACAACCAGCAGCAUGACCCGGAUGCCCCUGCAGAUCUUCGAGAUAGGCGCUUGCAGCAACGCUGGGCCAACGACACUCAGCUGGGACUGCUGGCAGCUUUCAACGCUGACUUCGAGCAGCGUAACGCUUCGAGCCUUGCACAGCCGUCAUCUUCGUCAAAUCUACGUGUCGAUACCAGCAUGUCGCGCAACGCUGCUUUCCCGACCGACGUUAUGCUGUCUCCAUCCCCGAUCAACGCUCGCUUUUACCCUGAUACUACCUCGCAGGAUCUAGGCGGCUUCCAAGGCAUGACGCCUAUGGAAGGCCCGUCUACCGGAUUCGACACUUCCUUCUCCCCGCCAAGGAAGGAUUCGGGAGCUUCUUCAGGCACACAGUCCACCAAUUCGAGCCAGGCUUCAGUUGGCUCCAUGGAUCACUCUGCUCGAGCGGCGCACAACAAGUUCCAGGCUAGUUUGGCAGCUGCAGCUGCCGAGCGGACCGCCACCUCGAUGCCUUCUCGAACCAUACGAGCGCACCACUCGCGUCAGCAGCCCCGCCAGCAGCUCUCCGUGGGUCUGAAUACUCUGAGCAACCCCUUCGGUGGCUCUUUUGACGAUGCUUUCGGAAAUCCUUUCAGUCCUACUUAUCUCCCUGGUGGUAGUAUUGACGAUGUAUUCGGUCGUUCGACCAGCAUCGACGCUGGCACGGGCUUCGGUCACCGUUAA